UCUAAUGGGAUCUAGUAAAGCAAGUCAAUCCAACAAUUUUAAGGUCAAUAUGUAAAUUGGAUUCUGACUUGUGUAUGAAUGGUACAUUAUCCUGGAUUUCGUGAUCUGAAAUAAACCAAAUUGGGUUGGGAGGAAGAUACAUGGUUGUCAGUGUGUACUGUGGUUGUUUAUGUGCAUGGAAAACUCUGUGCAGCUACAUAUGAAUUUACAGGCAGUGUAUUAUCUCAUGCAAAACCACAAUGGCGUUACAUAAACAACGUGUUUUCACAGCCCAAGAUGGAAAAGUAGCAGGUAGAAGCGAUUACGAAGGAAAUGGCAAGCAGUUUAUAUAGCAGGAAACGAAUAGUGGUUUAAGUCUUCACUUCAUGCAGGAACCUGACAAGACAUGAAAAAUAUAAUUUUCUUCUGUGUACUUUGGUUUGGAAACAUCCAAAUCCCUUCAAGUGGUGCAUCUAUAUCAAUACAAGGAUCUUCUGAUCUGCUGAGAGUGCAGAAGGGAGAAAGCAUCAUUCUGAAAUGCAACAUGAGAAGCCGAUAUGAGAUCGCCUGGUAUCACCUCAGAGCCAACCGAUUCAAUCUACUGAUUUCUGCACAGACUGACAUAACGGGGAGAAAAUUUCUGACCACUUACAAUCACAUCCAAACUCGUCUGAAAAUUGCUGCAGACCCAUGGAUCACCAGAGCCACGCUAGAGAUUUCUGGAGUAACCGAGUCAGAUUCAGGUCUUUAUUUCUGUGGAACAAGGUCUAACACUACCGAGAUGCACUUCGAUCGACCCAUCAGACUAGAGAUCGAGGGUCAACAAGCCGAGGAUUUGAGUACCGAACGGCCAAAAGAAGUUGACGACACAGACGAGGUGACGCUGACGGAGCGUGUGCUGAUGUUUGGUGGUGUCGGGCUGGCUGCGUUUGUGUUUUUUCUGGUAACAGUCAUUGCAGGAGGACUCCUUCACUAUCAUGGUUGGCAGAAAGGAUGGAGCGCAGCCAAACAUGCUGGUCCUGCUGAUCAAAAAUUACCUUAAUGACACAUUUAUAUGCUUUAUUUUAAAGACACAAUAAAUCUCUGGACCCCGUAUUCACAAAACAUUUUAUCUUACCACUAAGAGUUCUCCUAAAUAGCAGUAAAAGUUUUUAGAUAAGUGUCACUAAUUAAACAAGUAGACUAUAUAUUCAGCUAAUUGUCAGCCUCUUAUAUGUAUGCUUCUCAUAAACAAUUAGUCAAUAUGUAUUAGUGCUGCCCUCGAUAUAAGAUUUUUCUGGCCUUGUUGUUUUUCUAUUUAAAUUGGUUCAUUUUGAAAUUGCUUCAUUAUUUUUCAUGUCUGUAAUAAGGCAAGCAUCCACACAGUUUUGUAGUGAUGCACUCAAGUUCACAGAGUCGGAGACUGCAGAAAGCGCUUCAUGUUUGCUUUAUUUUACAAAAGCACAACAUUUUGUUAGUGCACACGAAUAAAUGUAGAGUCUUUACAGUUACAAAAAUGUUAUUACUCUUAUCUAUAUGACCAAAAAUGUAUAUUUUUGUAAAUGUAUUUUGCCACUUCAUGUGGAAUUUUUUUUUCCUGCGACUAAGCGCCUAAUAAAAUUUUGGUAAUAGGCUAUGCAUGUAAACAGCCUUUUAAUUAGCAGAAUAGUCAUGGCUGAUAGUUAGCAUAAAAGAAAACCAAACUGAAGGUGAGAACAGCUAUAUGUUAAGGAUGUAAUCAAUCAUUUGGAGUUGGGAUAACCUCCAAACCAAACCAAUUAGAAAACAAAUUUCUAAAAAGAUUUAUAUUCCGAGGUAGACUGCUGGAAAAAGCCAUUUUUAUGAUAUUUCAGAUUUGGUCUUAGUGAUUUAGGAGUCCUCUACACUACUCCUAACAUUUCACAGGUUUAGGAGCUAUUUUUAAGCUUUGUGAAAUACUCCUAGAGAAAAAUUUAGGAGUCCUAAAAUCAGUAAGUUAAGAGCUACUUUUAGCCUUAAGAUGUUUUGUGAAUACAAGCCCUGGCUCAAAUGUCUUUUCCUGCUGGCCAGAUCUUUUCAUUUUAGAAAAGUUGAGACACUGAGCACCAGUAAAAAAUUUUAUCUUAAUAAUUAUUUCUGUCUCUUUAACCUAUCUUUGUCUUCAAAUGUGAUCUUAUUUAGAGAUUUUAAUAUUUGUAUUGAUAAUGCAGAUAGUAUAUCUGCAAGGGAUUUUUAUUGUGACUAAACAGCAUUGAUUUAAAAAAAAAAUGUAUGCAUUUUCCUACCCAUUAAAAUACGCUGCAUGAA